GGGGAGGGGCGGCGGCAGGAAGGGGGUCGCGGAGGCGGCGGAGCGCGGUAGCUCUCGGUGUCGGCGGUGCUGCCGCCGGUAGAGAAGCGGUGUGGCCGUGGGCAGUGGUUCUCGACUUGUUGGACAGAACAACACCAGGGUGUUCUUAGAUGAUGGAAAAAUGUGAUUUGUUUUGAAAUUCUUGUCUGAAAUGGAGAAAUCUAAGAGAAACAGUGGAACUAGUGAUGGUAAGUGCCUCAUUAUUCACUCUCAAGGUGUAGUGAACUGCUCCAUGGUCAGAAAUAAAAGUAGUUACUUGUGUGUGUUGAUGUUCUCACAUCUCUGAUACACUUCUUCAAAGGGAAGUUUUGUUUUGUGCAGGAAUACUGCUUGUAUGUUUCAGAGAUCAAUGUUUACAAGUAUUAAUUGGGUGUGGGUAUUACAGUACAGUGUUUUAGAUUUAGAUGUUAAUCUUCUGAGCUAUGCUUGAGCUGUAGAAAAGAUCUACUGAGCAUAUUUCUUAUUACAACUUUUCAAAUAUAGGUAUAUUCAUACAAGUGCCUGGGUGCCUAACUAUUUUAGAAUCGUGUAGUUCUGUCUCUUUCUGAUUUUUUUUUUCACUUUUUUAGCUAACCCAUGGCUAUUGUAUAAGGCAAACUUGCCCAGGCAUGAGACAGUCUGUUCAGAGCCCUAAUUAAAGGGGUUCACAGAUGGAGAAAAAUAGAACAUGCUUCAGGUGCUUUGAGAACAGUUAGUUUUGCUUCCUUUUUUCUCUCUCCUUUUUUCCCUUUUUUUUUUUCUUUCUCUCCAUGGUAUACUGUGAGCCUGACUCUUAUUUUUGAGUAUUGUCUAUCUGGUAGUGGCCGCCUUGAAGAGAUGGGCAGUGGUGGCAGUGGUCAUUCCAGAAGCUGUGGUUGGUUCUUUGCACCAUUGCAAUAUCAGCAAAAGAUGUAUGUUGUGCAGGGAUGUUGGUUGUGUGGAGGAGAAUAAAGCAACAUCCAGGUACCAUCUGUAAAGAGAGAACUAUAGCAACAUUGUGCUACUAAGCUGCUUCUGUGGAAGCCUUCCAGGAAGCCUUCUAGGGACCCCUGGUAAGUGGGGUUGGGGUCAAAUAAGAACAGGAUUUGUGCAGCUUUCAUAAUAGAGCCAGAUGAAGUAUUUGAAACGUUUUGAUUGGCUUGAAGUGGCUGCAUGAGUUAAUUACCCGCGUAUGCUUCAUGAUGUUGCCAGGUUCAGGAGUCUGUUCAAUGGAGUAAGGAGCUCCUGCUUGAGGUUUCUUGCCUCUUUUUUUACUGCUAGUGUUGGUGUUGAUAAGAAUUGCUGUUAAUCACUGUAGAAGAGUAGAGAAACUUUUCAGCUGGAAAAAAGCAUAUUGAGGAGAUUGACUACAUAUGAAGUAAGCGUAGUAAUCUCCUAACUCAAAAUGUUUUCUAAUUUGAAUUUUCUAUGCGUAAUCUUUUAUAUUCCAUCAUACUAACAGUAUUUUUUUUUGUAUGUUACAAACUUAUCAUUUCCUGUUCUGAUAUAUAAUCUUCUGAUACUUUCAGCCAUAUUCACGCUGUUCCCAAGUAUUGAUGUAGUAAAUAUUCAGUGUGUUAUAGGCUGGUGCCUCAAAAAGCUUGUCCUGUACCUAGCUGUUCAGCAGAUACUGAAUUAAAUGGCUUAUGCACAGCUUCCAUGGAUGGAUAUAACCAUUGCUGAAAAUGGUUUGGAUCAUCUUGUGUGCAUGUUCUGGAUCUCUUUCACAGAGAUGGGUGAAAGAAUGGCUGGUGAGAAAGAUGGAUAUACAGUGCUUGGAAGGCCUUUAUAAAGAACAGAACUUAAGAAUAUGGUGUCAUGAUUGCUAAAGAAUGCAAACUUAUCUGUUUUCUUUUUUUCCUACUCUUUCUAUUGCUGUUGAAAUUAGAUUGUGGAUGAUUAUGGAGCAUUACAAGCUUAAGAAUAUGAAGAAAUGAUUGCAUGAAUCUGCAAAAAUGAAAUUAAGAUUGCUGUUGUAUACACCAACCUUAAUUUUCCAAUACUUGACUUUUUAAUCUAAAGAAGGAAUUUGUGUGCUGUUCUCUCAUUACAAUUUGCAAUCUCAUUCUAGCAUAUGCCAGUACCCUAACCUUGUGCCUGUCUAGUCAUAGCUGAAAGUACUGUGAUUGCUUAUUCUUUUUCUUCUUGGAACUCACGCUUAUUUAGCUUAAAUCAAACUCUAAGAAGUAUGCAAAUGAUCUGUUGGAAUUUUGUCCUCUUUUUCUUUUUUCCUUUUUUUUUUUCCCUUUCUCAUUGUCACUUGUACUUUCACCUGAAUUGGUAGGGAUUUUGUGAAGGUUUCAGAACAUUGCGUAGACAGACCUUCAUGGCUGAUUGUAUCAAGUUCCUAAACCAACUUAGACUACUUUCCAAGGAAUCAUAAAAUCAUGGAAUAUCCUGAACUGUAAAAGACCCACAAGUAUCGCCAAGUCCAACCCUGGCUUCACACAGGACCACCCAGAAUCCAAACCCUUUCAUGGAGUCAUAUCAUAAAAUGGCCGGGGUUGAAAAGGCCUGGAUUGAAAAGGACAACAAUUAUCAUUCGUUUUCAACCACCCUGCUAUACACAGAGUUGUCAACCACCAGACCGGGCUGCCCAGAGCCACUCUUUUUGUGAGAGCGGUGUCCAUACACUCCCUGAACUCCAGCAGCGUGGGGCCAUGCCCACUGCCCUCUGGUGCAGCCCCUUUCCCUGACCCCCAGCUGCCCCUCCCCUGCCACAGCUCCAUGCCAUUCCCUCCAGCCCUGCUGCUGUCACCAGAGAUACCUAAGAGAUGACUUCCGUUAUGGGUUCUGCAAAUAUGUAUAAAAUGUUCCUUUUCUCUAAAGAACGAUCUACUGUCUAUUCUUACUUUGUUUAUAAAUCAGUGAAGUGAACUAGCUUGAGAACUUGAGGAAAGAGAUUUUAGAAUUUGCCCAGCAAAAUACAUCCAUGGGAGAUUUUUAACUGAGGAAACAAAGACAGUGCCUUUGUUAAUAAAUCAAGACAUGCAGGUGAUGGUUUUAUUGGAAUUAUUUACUUUUACGUCCUCUGGGAGUAUGGAUUUCAUUUGUUAGUCAUUGCAGAUACUGUUCUUCCUCUUCUCAAAACUGAAAGAAGUCUGUGGUAAAAGCAUUGUAGAUGAAUGUUGCUUUAAAGCCUGUGUGUCACUUGGCAGUUGAAGAUUAUGGAGGUUUUCAUUUUCAUCCUUUGUAACUACAUUUUCAACUUUGCUAUCAGGAGAUUAACGCUUCAAUUCUAGAGCAAGCUUUUAUGUUUGGGUGCAGCCUGAUCUGCUUUUUUUCCUUCUCAUUUUAUUCACUUGAAUCAUAGAGUCAUAAAAUCGCUCAGGUUGGAAAAGACCUCAAAGAUCAUCGAGUCCAAUGGUGACCUAACUGUACUACCCUAACUAACAACCCUCCACUAAAUCAUGUCCCUGAGCACCACAUCCAGAUGGUUUUUUUAAGCACAUCCAGGGGUGGUCACUCAACCACCUCCCUGGGGAGCCUAUUCCAGUGCUUAACAACCCUUUCAGUAAAGAAGUGUUUCCUGAUAUCCAACCUAAACCUCCCCUGGCGCAUCUUGAGACCAUUUCCCCUCAUCCUGUCACCUGUCAGCAGUGAGAAGAGACCAACCCCGCUCUCGCUGUAAGCACCUUUCAGAUAUUGGAAGAGAGCAAUAAGGUCUCCCCUCAGCUGUCUCUUCCCCAGACUAAACAGCUCCAGUUCCUUUAGUCUCUCCUCAUAGGGCAUAUUUUCCAAACCCUUCACCAGCCUUGUUGCCCUGCUUUGGACCUGCUCCUGCACCUCAGUGUCCUUUCUGUACUGGGGUACCCAAAACUGAAUGCAGUACUCGAGGUGAGGCCUCACUGGUGCCAAGUAUGGGGGAGUAUGAGUUAAAAAUGGCAUGCACCUUUCACACCCUGGCUUUAGAAGGAGUUUCACUUACCAGUUGCUGUGGCCCUUUUGGCAUUUGGGUACUCUCACAAGCACUGAGUAGCUUGUUACGUCAGUCUCUGAAGGGGCAGAGAGUCUGUGGAUCUCUGCUUCUGUUUUGAGCUGCUGUUUGUCUGCAUCUGCUCGUCUGCUAAGAUGAUUGACAUUCACAUCCCAAUACCAUCUCAACAGAGAAUUAAAAAUAACUAGUUGUGGCUCUCUUCAUGGUUGCAGUUAGAGUGAAUUUACUUGAGAAGUGUGUAUAGAACUUUGAUAAUUCUCCAACUCUUUUUUAUUUCUGUUCUACACAUUUUCUUUUUUCCUGAUAUAUACAUAGCAUUACAUGCAUAAAGCAACAGGGACUGUGAUGGAGAGCAAUACAUUUCUUCAUACCUUAGCUCAGUAGUUUAAAAACCAGGCAUGCAUGCAGAAAGCUUGCUAUGAUGGUUAGUCUCUAUGUAUUGUAAGUAGUCCCUGCAUUGUGUUUGAAAAAAGGGCACCACUUAAAAAAUAAUAAUAAUAAAAAAAAAUGCCAUGUUGAGUGACAGCUAAGUCUGUAAAUUUUUGGAAUAUAAGGGCUGGAAUUCUUAAUCUGCCACAUCAUGAUUAGAGUUUUCAACCUUCCUGUGGAAGGAUUUGAUUAAUGUUAGAAUUGAAACUGUGACAUACAUUAAACAACAGCAGCUUUUCUUGACAUCUCAAAUCAGGGAGAAUCUUAACCAGUAAAGCAUGUCUAUGAUCUCUGCAUAUUGGUGCAAAGCUGACAGCAGCCUCUUGAAUAGGAGGCAAUUCUGAUUUCUGUAAAAAGAAGUAAAUAUUUCUGCAUAGGCAAACUGCAAUCUGGCAGAACCUUGCACAUUUUAAUCAGCACCUUGAGCUCAGUACUGGAUAGUAGUGGUGUGGGUGGGGGCCAGAUUGCUAGCCAUACGCUUCAGCAUGGUGUGCUGUGUUGUCUUCCCAGGUGUGGAGUAAGUAUGCCCAGUAUAUACCCAGCCAUCUCAGCUGCGGUAUUAAAGAACUUGUAUAAUGAGUCAUCCUAUGAACCCUAGGCUUUAGAUUAAAAAAAAAAAAAAAAAAAACUAAUGAAAGUGCGCAGAAUUUCAUUUAUGCAUUGGAAAUUACUCUUUUUUAAUAUCUAAUGCUUGUGGGAAAGGGGAGGUGAGGACUAGGUUGAAACAGAAGCUAUUAAAGAUUUCUCAAUUGUUGCAAUUUUUAAGGAAAGAAGUGAAAUGAAUUUUAAGAGUCUGACUCACUGUUUUGAGCAACAGACAAAAACGUCUGAUUUUGUCUUUUUUGGGUAGCUACCAUAUUCAGUCAAAAAUUCUUAAUUGAUCAUAGUACUCAGGAAGAAGAUUAGCCUGGGAGAUGACUAGGAGUGAGAAGCUGAGUUUGUAUAGAAAUAAAAACUGGAGUGUCUUCAUGGAUCUGUAAUUCGUCUGUUAGUGUCUAAUGAAGCCUGAUUCCACAGUAGUACUACGAUAGUUAAGUCAAACGUACAAACUGUGAUUAAUUCACACCACACCACCCCCCUAGCCAACCUGACACUGUUCCACAUGCCCUUAAGAAACAAAAAACAAAACUCAAACUAGUUGGAAUUAAAACCUAAAACCAACGUGAGUGGGAGUUCUCCCCCAUCUAAGGCUUGCAUUUUGGCUUUAUGUAAUUCUGAUCGAGUUGUUAUUCAUGUAGUUACUUUUUAGUUUCUAAAAUUGGAAUAAACCCCAGCUGAGCUAUUUGCAUGCAAAAUGAAGAGAAAGUACUGCAGUUUUCUUGAAAGUUUAGCCAAAACUUCAUGCUCAGCUCUCUCUUGGCUGUAUCAUCUCACAGCUGCUGAUAUUUACAUGAGCUUUUUCCUUCCUAAGUUGUGCGCUGACAUAGCCGUUGAAAUUGAGAGACAUUAAGAUGAACAUGUGACAGCCUUAAAAUUUUAGAGCACGUCAGUUUAUAUUGUACCUGAGCCUUAGUAUUAGGAUUCUAGGUUUUGUUCUGAUCGAUCUGUCGACCCUCAGUUAGAGAAGGGCAUCUGAUACUUAAAGCUGUGCCAUUACUUUGUGAAGCAAACAUCUCAGUGCAAUGAUAUCAACGUGUGCAAAUAGAGAAAACAAAACACAAAUGCUUAUGAAAUUGCUACCUGACAGUAUUAUUUCUUGACCUGUGACUUCUGGCAAAGCUUGCAGAUGUCAGAAAAUGUCAGUAAUGGAUUCAGGCUGUGACACUUGUCACUUAAAAAGUCACAUCACAAUUAAUAGAUUCAGGAUUCGCUGGGCUUUUUCCUACAUGGUGUCACACGCGUUGCAUCUGUGACAGCCUUCAUUUCCUACUUAGCAAAUCGAAGCCUGGUAGCAAGAGCCUCAGGAAGUUGUUAAAGCAAUUAAAGGCUUCUCUCUCACAGCACAUUGCAUGGUUACCAUAGUAUCCUCUGCCUCCAAGUCUUUACUGAUGAUGUCAGUAUGCAUACAGGGGCUAUUCAGAGCAUCUACAUGAAGAUGAUUCAGCCUUUGCUAAAGAUUGUAAGCGUCCCUCCACAUGUUCUAUUGUCUGGUAGCAUUUUAGAAAUUCAUGAGGCUGGAAGCCCACUUUUUAUCACCAUUAUUACGCUUGACUGUUAUCAGUAUUUAUUUAAAAAAACAACAGAAAACUAAAUCCAAACGAACAAGCAGAAAUCACCAAAACCACCACUGCCUGAAGCAAAACACACACUAAAGAACAAAAUACAACAAACAACACCAAAACCAGAAAACAACCCUGCAGGAGCGAGGUGUCUGUCUCCUGCCCAAAGAAAUCAAAAAGAAGAAGAAGAAAAAAAAGGAAACUAAAUCUGCGCUGCUGGUAGUGAAAUAACCUGCCUGGCAAUUAAUUGAUAGCUGUCAAUUAAUGCAACCCAUUGGACAAAAGUGCUUCCUUCUUCGAAAUAGUAGUGUUGAAAUUAUUAACAAUUCCCAACAACCGGUCGAAGCAGUGACCUUUCUGACAAUGUGCCUGCUGGUUCUAAAAGAUGACUGGUGCUGGUUUCUGUGAUGCCACUGGGUGUCUCUGGCACCGUGGACUGAUACGGAACACACAGAUCUAACUGCGCAACCUGGGGAGGAAGCAUCAGGAGUGCUACUUCGUUUCAGCUCCUUAAGUGGACGAAGGCGCAGUCUCAUCUAUCUCCAAGGGAAAACUCCUCAACAGAUUUUUACAGCUAGUAAUAAAGACAACAUAGCAUCAUCCACCUUCCCGAUUUACAGUGCAUCACCUUCCAAGACAGAUGGUCUGUCAGAAGCUGGAGGAUGCCUGCAGAGCACAUAAUAAUGUAGUAAUGAAUUGAUGCUGCUGCUGCCUAAUAGUCAGGAUCACAGCCGAUAGAGCUGCGCUGCCCUUUUUGUGCUCCCUUAAUCGGGCCAGGAGCUGCAGGGUGGACAUGGCUGGCCUCGUUAACAACCUACUAAUACUGAUUCUUGUUCUUCAAAACAUCUGUUCGGGUUUCAGAAGCUCGCUUUCUGUCUUCAAGAGGUAUAAAGAUGCUACUAGAUCUCUUUCCAGUGAAUGCUUCGGGAGCACCAGGCCAGUGAUUUCAUUUGGACUGUCAGAUUUUGCAUUGGACAUUCGUAUGCCAGGAGUGACACCCAAGCAGUCCGAUACCUACCUCUGUAUGUCAGUACCCCUGCCAGUAGAUGAUGAAGCCUAUGUAGUUGACUUUAAACCCCAUGCCAGCAUGGACACUGUCCAUCACAUGUUACUCUUUGGAUGUAAUGAACCCUCUUCUAAUGAAAAUUACUGGGACUGUGAUGAAGGAAUCUGCAAAGACAAAUCAAAUAUUUUGUAUGCUUGGGCAAGAAAUGCUCCACCUACCAGGCUUCCCAAAGGUGUUGGGUUCAGAGUUGGAGGAGAAACAGGGAGCAAAUUUUUUGUACUGCAGGUACACUAUGGUGAUAUCAGUGCAUUUAGAGAUAAACACAAGGACUGUUCUGGUGUAACUUUGCAUCUAACUCAUCAAAAGCAGCCUUUGAUUGCUGGAAUGUAUCUAAUGAUGUCUGUGAACACUGUAAUACCACCUGGUGAGAAGGUGGUUGAUGCAGAUAUUGCUUGCCAUUACAAAAGAUUUCCAAUGCACCUUUUUGCCUACAGAGUUCAUACACAUAGACUAGGUAAAGUAGUGAGUGGAUACAGAGUGAGAAAUGGUCAGUGGACAUUAAUUGGUAGACAGAGUCCACAAGUACCACAGGCAUUCUAUCCAGUUGAACAUCCUGUUGAUGUUAGCUAUGAUGAUAUCCUAGCAGCUAGAUGUGUGUUCAGUGGUGAAGGCAGAACUACAGAGACACAUAUAGGGGGAACAGCCAAUGAUGAAAUGUGUAAUUUUUACAUUAUGUACUAUAUGGAAGCCAAGCAUGCUGUCUCGUAUACAACGUGCACGCAGAAUGCAAACCCUGAGAUGUUCAGAAACAUACCACAGGAAGCAAAUAUUCCUAUUCCAGUCAAGCCUGAUAUGCUAAAGAUGGCACAUGGGCAUCAUGAAGAAACCAAGGAUACUGAUAAAAGUUCUUUGCAGCUGUCAAAGGGAGAAGAGGAAGAGAUUUUGGAUCAGAGUGAUUUCUAUUCACUGCUUUCCAAGCUGCUAGGAGAAAGGGAAGAUGUUGUUCACGUGCAUAAACAAAACCCUACAGAAAAGGCAGAAUCAGAUCUUGUAGCUGAGAUUGCUAAUGUAGUCCAAAAGAAGGACCUUGCCAGAGAGAUCACAAAUCAUGAGAGGGACAGUGCUGUUCUUGUCAGAGACAGAAUUCACAAAUUUCACAGACUAGAGUCUACCUUGAGGCCACCAGAAAACAAACAGUUUCCUUUACAACAGCCUAAGCAUGGUGAGGGAAGCUGGGAAAAAGAAAAUACAGGAGAUUUCCACAUAGAAGAGGCUAUGGAGUGGCCAGGGUUAGACCUCAAACUAGGCCAAGUUUCUGGUUUGGCUCUGGACCCUGAGAAUAACUUAGUUGUCUUCCACAGAGGUGAUCAUGUUUGGGAUGAAAAUUCUUUUGACAGCAAAUUUGUUUAUCAACAAAGAGGACUUGGACCGAUUGAACAAAACACGAUUCUUGUUCUCAAUCCAAGUAAUGCAAAGCUGCUGCGUUCCACAGGCAAAAAUCUAUUUUAUCUACCGCAUGGUUUAAGUAUAGAUAAAGAUGGUAACUACUGGGUCACUGAUGUAGCUCUCCAUCAGGUUUUUAAACUGGGAGCAGAUGCAAAAGAACCAUUGCUGAUCCUUGGAGUAGCUCUGCAGCCAGGCAGUGACAACAGUCAUUUCUGUCAGCCAACCGAUGUGGCCGUGGAUCCAGUCACUGGCAGUGUUUACAUAUCUGAUGGCUACUGCAACAGCCGAAUCAUUCAGUUCUCUCCAAAUGGAUUGUACGUCAUGCAGUGGGGAGAAGAGAGUUCUUCAGGCAAAGCCGGACCUGGACAGUUUCGUAUCCCCCACAGCUUAGCUCUGAUCCCUGAACUGAGUCAGCUCUGUGUUGCAGACAGGGAAAAUGGUCGAAUUCAGUGCUUCCGAUUAGAAACAGGCGAGUUCGUAAGAGAGAUAAAGCACAGAUCAUUUGGAAGAGAGUUGUUUGCUGUUUCAUAUGCUCCAGGUGGUCUGCUCUUUGCAGUUAAUGGAAUGCCUUAUCCUGGAGAGUCAGAGCCAGUGCAAGGAUUUGUGAUGAACUUCUCUACUGGAGAGAUAAUUGAUACUUUCAUUCCACUUAGAAAGAGCUUUGAGAUGCCGCAUGAUAUUGUUGCUUCAGAAGAUAAGACAGUAUUUGUUGGAGAUGUUCAUGCCAGAACAGUGUGGAAGUUUGCAUCCACAGAAAAAAUGGAACAUCGGUCAGUUAAAAAGGCUGGUAUUGAGGUGCAGGAAAUAAAAGCAUCAGAAACAGUUGUAGAAGCCAGAUUGAAAAACAACCCAGAACCAACAGACCCUCUAAAGAAGCAGGAAAAACACCAUUUGGUUCGACAAGCGAGCACUGGAGUUUCCUUUGUUCUUAUUACAACUCUUCUAAUUAUCCCUGUUGUUGUCCUGCUGGCAAUUUUAGUAUUUAUUCGUUGGAGGAAGACAGCAGUCUAUGGAGCUGAUGGGGAGCACAAACUUGACUCAAAUUCAGGCCGAAUUUUAGGCAGACUUAGAGGGAAAGGUGGUGGUGGCCUCAACCUUGGGAACUUCUUUGCCAGUCACAAGGGCUACAGCCGAAAAGGGUUUGACCGACUCAGCACUGAAGGAAGCGAUCAAGAAAAAGACGAAGAUGAUGGCACAGACUCAGAAGAAGAGUACUCGGCGCCUCCACCCCCACAAGCACUUUCUUCUUCCUGAAAACAGCCUUUGAGUUCUACAUUAUAUGAUUCAACCCAGAAUGUCAGAUUCCUUUUCCCUUAAGCACGUUUAAGAUUUUGUGUAUUUAAUUGUAAACUGUACUAGUCUGUGUGGGGCUGUACACUGGUUUCUUUAGUUUUUGUUUGGUUUUGGUUCUCUUUUUAAGUGGAGGAGUGUAUGGAAGUUCCAUAUCAGUGCUGUUGUUUUUUAUGUGACCAUCUUAAUAAAGCAUACAGUCGUCUUAUGAUCGCAGCACUGAUUUAAAGCAGUAGUAUUUUCUCAUAACAAAUUGGGGAUCUUUUCUGUAUUUGUAAAUAAAUUGUAUUACCUGCUUCGAGAAAGUAUUUUUCCUAUAAAUAUUCAGUUGCCAAUUUCUUUUUUGUGCCUUUCCUCUUCCAUGUCCUUAACCUGUUGCAGUACAGAGAAAAUACAGUGCCACAAGAAAAUGAAGCUGCUAAAUCUUCUUCUAUUUUUUUAAAAUCACUAACAUUAUAUUACAUUGAAGGGGAAAAAAAAAAAAGUAUCUAUUUAAUUGUUUUUUCUUCUUGACUUGAUGUGUUUCCGGGAUGUCUUAUUUUUAGAUGGUAUCACUGUUAGAACACUAUUUUCAGGAACUGAAUGUAAUUUGUGUAAUAAAGUGUUCGCAGAGCAUUA